GGUUUUUUUAAUUAGUUUUUAUUUGACAGACAUCAAACAUGAUCAUUUCCAUUUACACAAAGAAAACAAAGGACUUUACAUGAAUCCAUGAUUAUUUAAUACAGUUCAGCUCACUUUUAAAAUAGGAGCAAGGAGCACAAAACCAUUUUGAAAAUGUUUAGAAAAAACUAUAAAAUACUUAAGUCCCAUUUUAUAGCCAGUUAAAGAAAAGAGAAUGAGGAUUGAGGAAACAGAGUAAGGUGAUAACUCCUGAACAAGGGAGUAAAGAAAGAAAGGGACAGAGAAUAGAGAGACAGAGGUAAGUACUGUUAGUUUUAUCAUGCACACCCUUAUAGUUUAUUUGGGCCGAGGUUAUCACUUUUUAUCUCUCCUCUUUGAAAAAUGAUUACUUGCUUAAUAGCUUAGUACCUCCUUAACUGCUUAAUCUUGAAAAAGAUAACAAUCUGUAUAAUAUUUUUUGACAGCUUACGUCCAGGAUGAACUUUACCAUUAUCCUGAGGGUUAGAUUUGUCCUAGCCCAAAGGUUCUUUUUUUCCCUUUUCUUCAAAACCUUUAAUUAAUAACUUUAAUUUUGCCUUCAUAUUUAAAUCCACUUUUCGUGAGAUUAAUUUUUCAUUGUAACACUUUCUCUUUGCCCAUUUUCCCAAUCUAAUUUCCUUUUUUUCGAUUUGGGAUGUUAGGAAAUCCAACCAUCUGUUUGGUUGACAUGUUUGCCAUCUCUCAAAAUAACUUCUUUAACGAUGAUCUCAUCUUGAGCCUUUGAAGGAUUAUUUUGAAAUAAUUGCUUUCUUUUGUGCGUCUCUAGCUUACCUUUCCAGAGAAGAUAGAUUUAGAAAGUAGAAGCUAGUAUAGUAACUUUGACUUGUUUACAGUCAGAAUAAUGAUCAUUUUUGUUUCAUUAUUUUCUUUACACUUAGAUUUAAAAUCACAUAUUGUAUUCCCCAUAUGACACUCAACACAACACAAAAAUUGCUGACAGUUUUCCUCUUAUUGACAUUUGAAAAAAUCUUGCCCUGUAUAUCAGCGUUUUUUUUUUAUCAAACUAGAUGUUGUUAACAUUUAUUUUAUGUAUUUAAUCUUUUACUUUCUUGAGUUAGUUUGAUAUGGAGAAGAGUAGAAGAGAAAUGGGGUCAAAAAAUUUAGAAGAGGAAUAGAAGAAAGGACACCAGAAAAAUAACAAAUUAUGUGAUAUCUAUGUAGUUUGACUUUUAUAUAUUGGCAUUGUUUAUUAAGAACUAUUUGAAUGUUUGGACUUAAGGAAUAAUCAGUUAGUGACUAAUGGACCUGACCUUGACUUGUGCUACUUAAUAUUUUUAUCAGUGUUGUAGAUGAAACCAUAUAUUGGAUUGUUAUCAAAUUUAAAGUUGACACAAAACUAGAAUAGGUUAUAUAUUGUGUUAUGUAGUUAGGUUACAGAAAGAUCUUGUUGGACCUGAGAAAUUGGCCAUAUUUAUAUAUAUAAGAUUAAACUGAAAAGAGAAAAAUGUAAAAUGGGAUUUAUUUUAGAGGAAAUUCUUAUUAAGGUACAGCUUGGACCUGAUAGCCAUUGAAGUACUUUCUUGGUCCAAGAUUCUUUUAUUCUUUGUAAUUGCUAAUCAUACAGAGGAAAAAAUGAGAAAACUAAAUGCAUGAAAAAUGCCCAUUGUCCAAACCAAAACAGAGAGUUGAGUGGUCAGUCCCCUAAAUUAUUAUAUUAUUGCAUGCACCUGGGAAGAUGACUGCAAAUAAACAAUGUUAGCCUCAGAACUGAAUAAAAGGAAGAAAACAGUGGUUGGCAUUUGGUAAAUUGCACAGUGCUUUCAACAAUCCCAAGGUGUGCCGAGUACAAAACCACAUCUUUUUUUUAAACACAAAUGUUCUCCAGGUCAUAUGCUGUAGGUGACAAAUCUUGGAACACCACAAUCUUUAAAGAAUCAAAGUUGCAGGUUGCCCAAAGGACAUUGGAGAGCUGCCUAGUGUUGCCGGUGAAUGAAUUUUUAGCCUUUGAGGGACCCAUCUUGUUGGAUAUGAGAAUUAAACAUCUAAUCAAAGCCAAUCAGUUAAGCCAAGCUACGGCUUUAGCAAAGCUGUGUUCCGACCAUCCAGAGCUUGGUACAAAGGGCAGUUUUAAGCAAACCUACCUUGUCUGUCUCAGCACAGCAUCACCAAAUGACAAAUUAAUUGAAGAGAUCUCAGCAGUUGAUUGCAAAGAUGCACUAGAAAUGAUAUGUAACUUAGAAUCUGAUGGAGAUGAAAAAAGUGCUCUGGUUUUAUGUACUGCGUUUUUGUCCCGCCAGCUGCAACAAGGAGACAUGUAUUGUGCCUGGGAACUGACUCUUUUUUGGAGUAAAUUACAACAAAGAGUAGAACCAUCUGUGCAAGUUUAUCUAGAGAGGUGUCGUCAACUUUCUUUGUUAACCAAGACGGUCUAUCACAUUUUCUUCCUGAUUAAAGUUAUUAAUUCAGAGACAGAAGGAGCUGGGCUUGCUACCUGCAUUGAACUCUGUGUGAAAGCUCUUCGAUUGGACUCUGCUGAAAACACUGAAGUGAAGAUAUCUAUUUGCAAAACCAUAUCAUGCUUGUUGCCUGAAGAUCUGGAGGUCAAGCGUGCUUGUCAGCUGAGUGAAUUUCUUCUUGAACCCACAGUUGAUGCAUACUAUGCUGUUGAAAUGUUGUAUAACCAGCCUGACCAGAAAUAUGAUGAAGAGAAUCUCCCAAUACCCAAUUCACUGCGCUGUGAGCUCUUACUUGUGUUAAAAACGCAAUGGCCCUUUGAUCCAGAGUUCUGGGACUGGAAAACCUUAAAGCGACAGUGUCUUGCUUUAAUGGGAGAGGAGGCAUCUAUUGUGUCUUCAAUUGAUGAACUAAAUGACAGUGAAGUGUAUGAAAAGGUAGAAGACUACCAAGGAGAAAGAAAAGAAACUUCUGUGAAUGGACUUUCUGGCUGUUUUGAUGAAGCCACAAGCCUUCUUAAAGGUAUACGAGAUGAGAAAGAAAAGAAGAAAGAAAUUAAAAAGUUAAGAGAGAGAGGAUUUAUAUCAGCGAGGUUUAGAAAUUGGCAGGCCUACAUGCAGUAUUGUGUUCUUUGUGACAAAGAGUUCCUGGGUCAUAGAAUAGUAAGACAUGCACAGAAGCAUUAUAAAGAUGGGGUUUACAGUUGCCCGAUCUGUGCAAAAAAUUUUAAUUCUAAAGAAACUUUUGUUCCUCAUGUGACUUUACAUGUUAAACAGUCUAGUAAGGAGAGACUGGCUGCUAUGAAACCAUUGAGGAGAUUAGGAAGACCUCCUAAAGUACCAGCCACCAGUCAGAAUCCAAAGACUGUUACUGUAACCAAACAAGAACAACGACCCAUAAAGAAGAAUAGUCUUUAUUCUGCUGAUUUCAUUUUGUUCAAUGACAAUGAUGGUUCAGAUGAUGAAAAUGAUGACAAAGAUAAAUCUUAUGAACCUGAUGCAAUUCCCGUUCAAAAGCCAAUACCUGUCAAUGAAUUCACUUGCCCUGUAGCUUUCUGUAAGAAGGGUUUUAAAUACUUUAAAAAUUUAAUUGCUCAUGUCAAGGGACACAAAGAUAAUGAAGAAGCUAAGCGUUUCCUUGAAAUGCAAAGCAAAAAAGUUAUUUGCCAGUAUUGUCGGAGGCAUUUUGUAAGUGUUACUCAUCUCAAUGAUCAUUUACAAAUGCACUGUGGCAGUAAACCCUAUAUUUGCAUACAGAUAAAAUGUAAGGCAGGUUUUAACAGUUAUGCAGAGCUUUUAACACACAGAAAAGAGCACCAGGUCUUUAGAGCAAAAUGUAUGUUUCCUAAGUGUGGCAGAAUAUUUUCAGAAGCCUAUCUACUUUAUGAUCAUGAAGCACAGCACUAUAAUACCUAUACCUGCAAAUUCACAAGUUGUGGGAAAGUUUAUCGUUCUCAGAGUGAGCUCGAAAAGCAUUUGGAUGAUCACAAUACUGAAAAAGUGCUGCCUCCUGAAGUCCAAAACAAUACAGCUGGUGAGUCAGUUCAGCCUUCAAAAAUGAGUGAAAACACAGAUGAAAAUAUAAAAAAUGAGAAAUCUGUGCUUCCUUCAGAAAAUAACACUAGUAACAACUUAGCAGUAGAUGGAAACAGUGCUUGGGAUCAAAACAAAACAGAAUCAGUUGUGAUUGAGCAAACCAAAAUUUCUGCCACUGAGCUUGGGCAGGCUGAUACACUUCUGUCUAAUGGUUCAGAAAACCCUGCUAUUCCUUUUCUUCCAGCAAAUGAAGCAACUGCAUUAACCCAUAAUGUUAAGGUGUCCCUCAGCCAAGGACUCCAGGAUAAUAUUGUGAAGCAGGAAAAAUUGGCUGCUGCAGGCUGUAUGAUGAAUAUUAAUAAAUCUGUCAGUACAAAAUUAUGUACAAAUGUUAAAGAUGCUAGUAAUGAUUCUUGUCUUCCAGGUUUGCAGGAAAGAAAAGAGAGUAAUAGUAAUUGUUUGAAUCAAGGUCAGCAUGUUCAGAAUACUUCAGCAAAUUCUGAUCCUCUUAAAAUAGGUGAUCUUGCACCUCAAAAUUUAGAAAGACAAGUUAACAACCUGAUGACCUUUACCUUGCAAAAUCAGGCAGUAUUUCAAAACAAUUUACCUAUUUCCAAACUUGACUUUGAAGGUAAUGCUAAAACUACAUCUAGUCUUUAUAACUUGCCACUUAAGACAUUAGAAGGUAUCACAUUUGUUCCACCACAAUCCAGUCUGAGCAGUCCUUUAGUGACUCCACCUGUUCCCCCACCUGUUCCACCACCACCUGUACCACCACCACCUGUACCACCACCACCUGUUCUGCCAACUGUUCCACCACCAGUUCCACCACCUGUUCCCCCAACAGCUCCAGUUCAGAAAUUCUGUUGUCAGGUUGAAGGAUGUACUCGAUCUUAUAAUUCUUCACAGAGUAUUGGAAAACAUAUGAAAACAGCACAUCCUGACCAGUACGCUGCAUUUAAAAUGCAGCGUAAAAGCAAAGGAAGACAGAGAUCCAACAACUUAAAUAUGCCAAAUGAUGGGAAGUGUGUAUAUUUUAUGCCGUCACAGGUGAGCAGUUCCAGUAAUGCUGUUUUUACGCCGCAGACCAAAACCAGCGUGAAACCUACUUGUUCAGCCCAGUUGCCACAUGUUUCAACUCCUCUUUUUCCAACUCAUCUAGAAAAUUUAUCAAACCCAUUGUUGCCCUCUGUGGAAAGUGUCAUAAGUACAAAUAUACCUUCUCAUGUUAAAAGUGAACCUGGUGCUGUAUUAUGUUCCCCAAUGGAAAAUUUGUCAAGUGCAGCAUUGCCAUCACAGUUGGAAGAUAUAGCAAAAACAGUUUUGCCAUUAAAUAUUGACAGUGGUUCAGAUCCUUUCCUUCCUUUGCCUGCCGAAAGCAAUUCAAUAUCUCUUUUUCCUUCACCAGCAGACAAUGGAACUAAUUCAGUCUUUUCCCAGCUGGAAAACAAUACAAAUCACUUCUCACAAAUUGAAGGAAAUAAUUCUGCCUUCAUAAAGGAAGAAAAUGCUCAGAAUAGAGUUUUUACUUCAGAAGUAAACACUACAAACAGCUUCAGUGCCACCACCCCUCAACAUCCAGCACCAGAAAAAAAUAAAAAAGACCGUGCACGGGGCCCAAAUGGUAAAGAAAGAAAACCAAAACAUAACAAAAGGGCUAAGUGGCCAGCAAUAAUUAGAGAUGGUAAAUUUAUCUGUAGCAGGUGUUACAGGGUUUUUACCAAUCCCAGAUCGCUAGGUGGACACUUAUCAAAACGGUCCUACUGUAAGCCACUGGAAGGAUCAGAAAUUUCUCAAGAAGCUUUGCAGAGUAACAGCCAGCCCUCUCUUCUUGCCAACAUGAUACUCUCUACAAAUGCAAUAAAUGUCCAGCAACCACAACAGCCUACCUUCAAUUCAGAAACAUGUUUUAAAGAUCCAUCAUUUCUUCAGCUGCUUACAUCUGAAAGUCGACCAUCAACAUUUUUACAAAAUACAUUUCCUCGUGCUAGUGUGACUAAUUUUAAUACCACUGUGAAUGAGGAAGGAAGUGAAAUUAUUAAACAAGCCUUGGAGACUGCUGGCAUUACCAGUACAUUUGAGAAUACAGAUAUUCUUUCACAUAUGGUUCCAGCAACUUGUGUCACUGAUUCAACUCAAGUAAAUGCAGCAGUUCUACCCAAUCCAGAUGUUUCUCCUUUAUUGCAGACUGUCUGUCACCCAAAUACUCUGCUAACAGACCAAAACAGGACACUGAGCACCAAAGCUCCUUCCGUAGAUGACUGCAGCAACUUACCAGUGUUUCCACCAGAUGAAUUACUACUGAAGACUGUUGAAAAUGGUUUGUGCUCUGGUUCAUUUCCCAGUUCUGUUGGAUCUUCACAAAAUUUUGCCACUAAUAAUUCACGUGCUUCAGUGAUAAAUAGUCCCCAGAAUGCAAGAGCUAGUCAUUUAAAUAAAAAGGGGAACUGUGCUUCUAAGAGAAAAAGAAAAGCUGCUCCACCAUUACUUGAGAAUAGUCCUCAAAACUUAGUAACAAAUGAUUUAACAGCAAUGGGAUUAUUAGCAAAGAGUAUUGAAGGAAAUGCACAGAUACCAACUGAUAAUCUUCAGCCUCAGGCAUUAGUGGAAAAUCUCACACAGAAGUUAAAUAAUGUUGACAAUCAAUUGUUUAUGGCCAGUAUCAAAGAAAACUUCAAAGCAAAUCUUGAGUCCCAUGCUGCAUUAACUCCUUUAACAAUAAAAACUGAAAAUGGAGAUUCCCAAAUGAUGGCUAUGAAUUCAUGCACUGCCUCAGUAAACUCUGACUUGCAGAUUUCUGAAGACAGUGUUAUACAAAACUUUGAAAAGACUCUUGAAAUUAUUAAAACUGCUAUGAGUUCUCAAAUACUCGAAGUUAAAAGUGAAAUACAAGAUGUUAUUGGAGCAUCACAAAAUUCACAGAUCAGUUAUAACACCCAGACCCCUCCUUCAGUAAAUGUAAUGCAAAAUUCUAAAAUGUCUGAUGUGUCUCAGUUUUCAUUGCACAGAGAUAUCACCACUGCAAGUGACAACUCUCCUAAGCCUGAAAUGCCACCUAAGGAUGAUUUUCAAGUAUUAGAAAUUUUGGAAGGCUUACAGAAAUUAAAGUUAGAAAAUGAUGAGUCUGUUCCUCUUUCUGAUAAGGUUCCCUCAUGUCUACCAGUGAAUGCAUCUGCUGCUUUGGCUUCCAUACCAGUUAAAGCAACCUCAAAUACUGUAGUCAUUCAACAAACUUCUGAAAUGGGAAACAACAUUCAGUUUAAUGAUAAAGUUAAUAAACCUUUUGUAUGCCAAGACCCAGGCUGUAGCUACAGUGCCAUGACAAAGGAUGCCUUAUUUAAACACUAUGGUAAAAUUCAUCACUAUACUGCAGAGAUGAUUAUGGAAAUAAAGAAACACCAACUGAAGUACGCUCCAUUCAAAUGUGUAGUAACUACCUGUCCAAAAACAUUUACAAGAAAUUCUAAUCUCCGGGCACACUGUCAAUUGGUACAUCACUUCACAACAGAAGAAAUGGUCAAAUUGAAAAUUAAAAGGCCUUAUGGAAAAAAAUCUCAGAAUGAAAAUGUAACAGCAGCCCCACAAGUUGUGGAAAUAAAAAAACAGACCACUUCGACAGUGGAAAAUAAAAGUGAAGUACAGGCUCCAAUAGAAGUUGAGGCACAAAAGGAAAUUGCCAUAAAUAAUGUGGCAAUGACUGCGGAAACACACCUUAUAGAAAAAAAAAAUCCUGAAAAAACAGGAAGUUCUCCACCAAUGAGUACAGCCACUCCAGAGCAAUGUGACACACCUUCUUGCAAUAAUAUACAGACAAAAGGACGAAAAAAUAGGAGGCAUAAAAAAGAAAAGGAGGAGAUAAAGCGCAAGAAACCAGAAACUCAGUCUCCUGAGGUGCCAACAAGAUAUAGUCCCUAUAGACCAUAUAGGUGUGUCCAUCAGGGUUGUUUUGCAGCUUUUACAAUACAGCAAAACUUGAUUCUUCAUUACCAGGCUGUGCAUAAAUCAGAUCUACCUGUAUUCCCUGUGGAGAUUGAAGAAGAAAGUGAGGCUUGUAAAGAAAGUGAAGAAACUGAAACUAAGCAAACUGUGAAAGAAUUCCGAUGUCAAGUGAGUGACUGCUCUCGAAUUUUUCAAGAGAUCACUAGUUUGAUACAGCACUACAUGAAACUUCAUGAGAUGACUGCUGAAGAAAUUGGAAGUAUGCCUUCCUCCUUAGAUUGUGGAAGAUUUCCAUGUGAUCAGUCCCAUUGCAAAUCUUCAUUUACUACAUGUUUGAACUAUAUUCUUCAUCUUGAGAUGGACCAUGGAAUCAAGUUCAGGCCCAAAAAAAUGGAGGAUGAUGGUAUAUACAAAUGUGAUUGUGAAGGCUGUGAUCGAAUUUAUGCAACUAGAUCUAAUCUACUAAGACAUAUCUUUAAUAAACAUAAUGACAAACAUAAAGCUCACUUAAUUAGGCCAAGAAGAUUGACACCUGGUCAGGAAAACAUGUCAAGUAAAGCAAACCAAGAGAAAUCAAGAUCUAAACAUCGAGGGGCAAAACACAACAGGUCUGGAAAAGAGGGAAGCAAAGCUAAAAACAAACGAAAGAAAAAUGUUAUUUCAGAAAAUAAAAAUUCAAAAGCUGAGCAGAUUGAAGAAAAUAAACCUUAUUCUUUGAAACGUGGAAAGCAUGUAUAUUCCAUAAAAGCUAGGAACGAUGCUUUAUCAGAGUGUACGAGCAGAUUUGUAACACAAUACCCAUGUAUGAUAAAAGGAUGUACAUCAGUUGUUACAAGUGAGAACAAUAUAAUUAGACAUUAUAAAUGCCACAAGUUAUCAAAAUCAUUUACUUCUCAACACCGUGAUCUUCUCAUUGUCUUCAAACAGUGUUGUCCCUCACAAGUGAAAGAUACUUCUGAACAAGAAGUUGAUAAAAAAAGCGAUGUGAAAGAAUCUGAUACAUGUAUAUCAGAGAGCAGUAAUGACUCAAGUACAACAACAGUUCCACAGAGUGAGACUGAAAAAGAUGAAAUGGAUGAACUAACAGAAUUGUUUAUUACAAAACUGAUUAAUGAAGACAGCGCAACUGUGGAGAACCAAGAAGAUAAUUCAACUUCAUGUGUAAGUAAUGAUCUUCAGGAAAAUACCACCUGCCAGUCUGAAAAACAACAGUCAAAUAACUUAAAGAGAGCAAAUAAAGAAAAAACUGUCUCACAAAACAAAAAGAAGAAAGUUGAAAAACCUGAAGAAAUUUUGGCAGUUGAAGUAAGUAGCAUGCAUAAAGAAGAAGAAACAGCAGUUGCAAUUCAAACUACAGAGGAGCAACCUACAACUUUUGACUGGAGUUCAUUUAAACCAAUGGGAUUUGAAGUAUCGUUUCUCAAGUUUCUUGAGGAGUCUGCAGUGAAGCAAAAGAAAAAUGCUGACAAGGACCAUCAAAACAAUGGAACUAAAAAAGGCUCUCACUCAAACUCAAAAAAAUCCACUGACAAGACAUCUUUGGCAAGUGGUGAUCACAUAUGGACAUGUUCUGAAAGUGAGACUUUUGUCCAGUUUGCCAAUCCAUCACAGCUUCAGUGCAGUGAAAAUGUAAAAAUUGUUUUAGACAAGACUCUUAAAGAUUGCACUGAGCUUGUGUUAAAGCAGCUUCAGGAAAUGAAACCUACCGUCAGUUUGAAAAAACUUGAAGUACAUUCAAAUGAUACAGAUCUUUCAGUCACAAAAGAAAUAAGUAGGGGUAAUGACAAUGGAGAAUUGCAGAACUGAUAACUACUAUACUCUGAAUAUAACCUAUACAUUUUUAUUUUGAAUAGGAAGCCAUCAAGCAUGCUAGUAAUUGUGAAGACUUUUUUAAUUGUUUUUUGUUGGUGUUGUUGUUGUUGUUGUUGAUGUGAAUUAACCUGGAAAAAAAAUCAUGACAUUAGUCAUGUAAAAUUUUUUGGUUUUAUCCCUAUGGGACUUGAGGAACAUAAUCAUUGCUUCAGUUUUUGUAAAUAGUUGAGCUAAACCUCAAAUUUCUAUAAAAACAAAACAACAAAACUGUCCUUUCCGUGAAUUAAAUCUUUGUGAAUUGUCUGUGAUUGGUAUCUUUCACCAGGUCACUGCUCAUGUAUAACAGUACUCUUUAUUUGUAGAUACCUUUUUUGUAUAUAUUUAUUAUUGUAAAUCAUUUGCUGCCACCAGCAGUCUGUAAGUCUAAACUAUUAAAUGACACAUUUAUAUUCGGAAUUUUAAUUUGUAAUUAAGUGAUCAAGUUUUUAAAAUUGUCUUUGUUUUAAAUUAAGAACUUUUUGAACUAAAGCUAGAAAAUCUGCCAUAUCCAGUUUAUUUUGCAUAUAGCAUUUAUUUACCAGAGGAAUUUGAUGAAAUCACAUUUCAUAGGGUAAACAUAUUAUACUGACAACAUGCUCAUAUUUCUAAGUUUACCAUCCAAUAUCUUUGGAUGGAUGGCAUUCAUGUAUAGUGAGCUCAUUCUUUUAACAGUUUCCUAAAGCUAUACUUUUUUUUUCCCCUCAUGCUUCUACCUGGACAUAGAAUUAAAUAAAUACAAUUGAAAUGUGAAUAAAGAAUUUACAUCAGAGAUUUUUAAACAAUUGGUAUUAAAGAAUCCAUUGUGAAUGUGAUAGAAAAUUUAGUAGUGUGGAGCAGUGUAUAUAUAUUUGAGGUGGUAAAUUGUGAAGUAGCCCAGUAUUGCCUUAAAUAAAAUCACAUUUCAUUUCUUGUUUUA